AUGGAUAAGGGUAUGGAGGUCCGGAUGUGCAUCCGGAAGGCGUCCGGAAGGCGUGGGAACAUCAUCGGACGUAGGUCCAGAAUACGGGAUAUGACAGUCCCCGUGGCUAGUCGACAUGCCUCACCGUUUCCUACCCCACAAACCCCUGCGCAGAUCCAGGAUAUUUUUUUUAAUUCUAUGCGCCAGCAACCUGCAUGGAUGGAUCCUGACUCCUAUGACACCUUUAGACAUGAGCCGUCUAGCACCACCACCAACAAGUUUUUAAUUUUCCUACGAGUUAUCGGGUCAAGCAACCUCUCGUACAUGUUCCCUGGAGCCUUACGCUACAGGCCAAACUCCUUCAGGAAUUUACACAGGAUUUUUCUGGUGAUGUUGCCCCAUUUCAUCCCUCAGCCUGUUCCAUCGUCAUUGUCUCAAGAUCAUGCACCUCCCGUCCCAGCAACGAACAUUAUUCCACCAACGCCAUUCCAGACUAAUGCUGCCUCUUUGAUGAAUACAAUUGGUGCAAGUCCUUCAUUCCAUGAACGCUUUCCCGAAGAGCGCGAGCCGGUGACCCGUCAAGAGGGACAUACAAUUACUGGACGCAGGUCGGCGGAGCUGAAUGCAGCAUUAGAUGUCGGGUUUGCUGCAGUCGAGCGCGGCUUUCUUGAUCUCUCUAUGUCUACUACACUCCCUAUUUCCCAAUUGAUCAACUUAUUCUUGAAGAGUCGCGGGCGCACCGUGAAUGACUGGAACUUGCGCGCAUUGGCAGAGAGGCCCCAGCCGGAGGCGGCACGCCCAGUGCGACCGUGCGCACGCAGUGUUACGACAAAUUCAAAGAGGCCUAUCCCGAUUCUUACCAAGACCUCUUGUUCAUGCACGAGGAGGCAUCGCUCCUUGGAUCAUCUACUCAAGACAAUAGCUCAGCGUGGACAGGGAUUUCAGAAACAUUAUCGAAGAGUAAUACAGAUUCUCGAGUCUGCCUCCGCUAAAUCUGGCUUCGAAGCAGCCAUCGUCCUAUGUGGCAAAGUGGUCAAUGAAGACGGGUCACUCGGCCAUUCAUAUAACACAGCCAGCAAGAUGCAGUUCUGGCAAACACGAUGCCGUGCGAGUGAUGAUGCCAUCAUCGGGCAUCUUAAAGCACACGUGUAUAAUAGUACAUCCUUGGCCGAGGUGGAUGAAGCAUUCCAUGAUGAUACUUGCAGUGACCUAUUGACCCCCCACUCGCCUCCAAACAAUGGUCGUGAUCAGUCUCAGGCACCCGAGGGACGGGAUGAUGCUUUGAAGUGGGUUAAGCUUGAACUUAUCAAACAAGUCGCCCAGCUUGGGGGCAAGUGUGCCUGGGAUAAAAACUUCCCUUGGAAGGGCAUGUCCAGCGCACUUGCUGACGCCAAUCUCUGCAUCAAGGGAUAUCCAACUGAAAGGUGUCUCUUGCCUGGUGAAACUCACAAUGAGAACUCGAAGAAUAAGGGCAUUGGAGCGCUGACACAGAAGGAAAUUGCGGUGCUCGUGGAGGCAUUGAAGUCAGGAACCAUGAAAGUUGUCAAAGUUGACAAGGCGUAUCGAGCAUCUGUUAUGGCCUCUGAGAGGCCUGUCAUCACAGGCAUAGCGCCUCCUUCUGACUGGCCACAUGCUGGUGCUAGACGGCUGUUUGUUAAUGGCGACACCGACUACCAUGGCCCAGCUCGUCUCAAGCCCAGCAAUGCGACUACCAAAGUCAAGAAGGCUGAUAAAGUGACGAAGGCCCCUCCACCACCUAACGCCGACGCCAAUGACGACGAUGAUUCGGAUGACGAUCAUCCAAUAGUACCUACUACUCGGAAGUUCAGAAAAUUUGCCACACGAGUAGAUGUCAUGGAACCGCCACCAUCACGUCCAUUUAGAGUCGUUACACUACCACCCUCACACCCGCUCAAAGUCGCUCGAAAGCCGGGACCGACUGCCGCAGCACAGUGCGAGGUGAUUGAAAUUAGUACUUCAGCUGGGGAGAAUGUCGCCACAGAGCCUGAAUCGGAGUAUGAAGAAGCACGCGGGAAGAAGAGGAAACUGAAGUUCGUGGAUACUUCACAUGCGUUAAAAAGGCCGGCCCCGUCCAGCGAGAAGUCUGAUACUUCGAAAGUGGAGAAGAAGGCUGCACGGCCGAAGCAACCCAAAACGCCUGCCCUACCAACUUCUCCGAUAAAGGGUGGCCCUCUGUCCCCAUUGACAGUGGGAUCAUCGAGUGUAGCAGCAUCGCCAGAGCCUGAGACUGCAGCAUUCCUCCAGGAUGGUCCCUCUAACGUGCGCACAAAGGUAAAACCACGCCCACUCACAAAGGAAUCCAAGGGGCGAGAGGCGGUUGCAGCUGUGAAGAGUGGUGUCUCCUCUGGUUUAGAUCAUGUCCCUAAGGAGACGUUACAGAAGGACCUACCUUCAGAGGCGAUGCAGGAUGACGGACCAGUAGGAGAUCAGCAGGAACCACCUCGAGUCACCAAUCCCAUCAAGGAUCCUCGUACUAUUGACGACUCUCAUGACUCCCGUGACCCUCCAGCCAACCCACCCCAAGCUCAUGAUGAGCUCUCUGUCCAUCAUGACCCUCGUGAGGGUAUCCAGCAAGGCUCUGACAAGGGUGAUGCUGUACGCCUCUCACGGGAACCUCAACAUGAAAUUGUCCACAAUGACCCUCAUGAGGGUGAGCCUCUUCACGAUCCCCGCGAGCCUCGUCAGGACCCUCGAGACACUCCCCAUCACGUCCCUCGCAACACCUCGCGCGAUCCUCAUCAGCCUCUUCGCAAUCAUUCUCAUACCCCAAUCACUGAGCAUGAUGCUCUCUACCCUCGCGAUGCCUUCUACCACCGUGACGUUCGCAAUCACCGUUAUGCUGGUUCGCAACCUCCCGACCAUUAUGGACCUGAGCCUCGUACUAACGAUGAAUAUGCCAUGCGGGAUAGCUCACCAGCCUUGGAGGUAUACCGUGAUGAUCAUUAUGCUCACAGUGAGCACGAACGCUCAUACUCAAGUCGAUACAGUCCGGUACUUGGUCCUAACUAUGCUCGUGAGAAUGGAUACUCUCGACGCGAUGACCUUGAUGAACGGCGGGCACUUGGUGGAGGAACUUACCGUGGUGGAUACCCUCAAGGCAGGACUCGUUACCAUAAUUCCAGAUGGGCAGAUCACAUCCGCGAUACUGUGCCUUUGGACUAUGUUCCUCAUGACAAUGUGGCACGAUCAUUUAGUCAAGAUCCAGUUAACCCUCCUCGCCCCCCUUCAUCUUAA